UUUUGACAUAGCUGGAGCCAAUCAGAGGAGGAGUUCUAUAUGACGUAAUCGCGUUCAAGUAGUUUCUGACAGGUCCCUGAAGCGUACUUUAAUGUCACAGCCAGUUCAGUCAGACCUCCAGAAAGAAAUAAAAGUAAACGGGGAGUCGCGUUUUGAAAGCACGAUAUCGUUUGAACUUGUCAAACGACUUCAUUAACUUGUCCAUUUAGUAUCGAGUUUGUGACCUACGUAUCUGCAUGUCUCCAGUUACUCCCUCGUUUACUUCUGUUUGGUUACGUUCUGGCUUUCCCGGACCAAUAUGGCGGUAUCGUGACGCGUCGUUGCAGUUGUAAACAGAUGUCGUUGGUGACUACAACUAGCGUUUUUGUGUGUAUUAAAUUUUAGUUUCGUCAUUUAACUGCAAACACUUGUAUAAAUUGCAGUAUUACUGAUAUAUUUUCUCUAUACUACUCCUUUGUUUUGAUCUAACUUACCCCGGAAGUAAGUGAGCGUGCUCUUUCCACCCGCUGCUCUGCAAUUGGUUGAAAUCACUUCAUGUUGUGAUUUAAAUUUAAAUGUCUGGAGGUGACGCUGCAGCGCAGCAGAGAGGAUAUAAGAUGGUGACCAGGAGGAUACGCUCGGAGUAUAUGAAGAAGUUCAAAGAUCCAAAAUGGGAGACGUUCAGCAAGUGUUACGACGAGAUGUUGAGGUACAGACUGAACCGCAGGCUGCUGGAGCAAACACACAAUCCUUGGUUCUGGAGCGGCUCUGACAGCGACUCAGACUCAGGAGGAAGAAGUCCUCCUCCUCCUCCCAAGAACAACCAGGUACUGGCAGAGCAGGAGUGUGAGGGGCAAAGGUCACACAGGACAACAGGACCUGUGCCUAGGCUUCCCCUUCAGGAGGAGGAAGAGGAGAAGGAGGAUGACAAGGAGGAGGUGUCUGCAGGCUCACAGCUCAACUGUGUCAGAGAGACAAGACAACUAGAGGAGCAGAGAGCCAACAGUAGAGACAGUAAACAGUCAUCUGCUCCCCACAGAGAGCAACUCCAAGAGACAGAUUUGGAACAGCACCAGCCACAGCAGACGAAAGCCUCCAAAUCCUCAAAAGACAUGUGGCGCUCCCAUCGGGUCAGACCUGUAACAUCACGGCAGCCCAGAGAGGACAGCAAGAGUAGACACUCAUUUGCUCUGUAUGGUUCAGGGGAGAAGAACACAGACAUUGCAACAAGAAAGACGCAUAACGUCGGGCCUACGGCUUCAACUAAUGACAUUCACAAGUCGGCGCUCCGUGCCAAGACCAGGCGAGAGGUGGAGCGUCAGAUCCAGAUGCAGAAAAGCGAGCGGCGGAAAGUCAAGUCUGCUGAUGUGGACAAGACCAGGAAGCUGGUUCAACCCGAGUUCAACCCCUGGCUCACUGAGUACAUGCGCUGCUUCUCUGCUCGCUCCAGAUAAGACUAAUAUCCAAACACAUGCACCGCAGAAAAUAGUCCAACCAACGAGAUGAUUCCAGACAGAAAAAAGAAACUUCAACUCUUAAUGUGAAAUUCUGGGGCCAAUCACUACUUUUAGCCACAAACAAACAAAACAUUUUUUAGAGCCUUUGUAGUUUCUUGUUUUACUACUUUACUAGUUGUUUUACUACUAGUAAAGUUUUACUACUUUACUAGUAGUAAAACUACUUAUUCAAUUAUAGGAUUUUUUUCCAGUGUAUAUAGCCCAGAUGAACAUUCCGUUCCAUUUUGAAUUGUUGCCUUUCACACCUGAGGGUUAAGUACCACGUCACAUAGAGCUGAUUGAGUCUUUAAAGGAAUACUUCACCUUUGCAUUUAGCUGUGUAUUACUAGAAUAGGGGUAGUAUUUUUGAAAAAUUGGGCUUCCCAACCUCAGUUUUCCCUGAGUCGAGAAAUAUCUUCAUUAUUUUCUUUGAUACGUGCCCACCAGUGACACUUGGUCCUGUUAGCGUAACUGAUAGCAAAGGACACUGUUUACAUUCUGGUAAUAAGGUCCCGCCCCCUAUGAGUGGGUCUAAAAAGGGGAAACUGAGGUUAGGAAGCACAAUUUUUCAAAACGACCCCUAUUCUAGUAAUACAAAGCUAAAUGCAAAUCGGUUACUAUCCUUUAAGGCUCUUUAAGAAAAACCUGUAACAUUGAAUCUCAAAAAUACUGUAUGUUUCUAUAUUUUUAAUACAUUGAUCAAUUGCCAAUACUCACACAGAGGCAGCAUAUUUGAAUAUAGUGUUUUUUACAAUGUCAUGUACAAUAUUGUCUGUUGCAAAGGUUUUACAGUUUACACGACACUUUUUCUGAUUGCAAACUGAGUCAUUUUCUUUUUCUUGGGGAUUGAAAGUUUCUGAUUCUUGAACUUAAACUGACAGACUUUGCUUUCUGAGAUGUAGGGGUUUUUAAUCACUCAUUUGUGCUUGUUAAAAAUGUACAGUUUGUACAAUUUAGCAACAUUUAUUGAUGAAGUUGCAUGUUGCAGCUGAAUAUCCCUCACCUCACCCUUCCUUUCCAAGUGUGUUGGAGAACAUAGCCUUCAGUAACACCAAAAGUCAGUAUGUUAAACUCGUCCAUUGUGGCAUAUUUUAAAAAAAUGGUCUAAAAUGGCGGUCUCUGUAGAGUUGACCUGACAUCUUGACAUAAAUAUAAGAGGCUCAUUCUGGCAUAAAGAAAAACAACAACUCAUACUAUCAGGUGAUUAUACACUUAUAUACAAGUUAAUUGAUUUAACUUAUAUUUCCAACACUUAACUCUUAAUAAUAUUGUGUUUAUUGACUUAAAUGUUCAUGUGUGUACAACCUGGUGCUAAGAACACCCUGAAGAUAUGUGACUUUAAAAAGUGACUUAGAUGGUUAGAACAGUGUAUGUGCAGUACUGUGGAUACACUACAAACAUUUGUUUGUCCUGUUUCUGUUUUUAAUAAUGAAAAUGUUACUGUAAAACAGAUUAUUUAGAUUCUCAUCACACCAAAAAAAAGCAGUUGGAAGCUCAAAGCUGCUGUCUGUAAAAUACUUUUGUUCAAGUAUGUGUGUAAAUAUCUCCAAUCAGGAGCUGGGACUCCACAAGGAGGCGCACUUAUCUGGCAUUACUUACAGCAGCUUUAAUAUGUCAAUUAGAAAUGUCUUUGAUAAAAUCUGCUUUAAAGCCAAAACUUGGACCAAAACAAUGGAUACAAAACCAAAGUCAAGGUUAUAUCUUUUUAAUAAUACUGCGGUAAUAAUUAACACAUACUCUUUAGAUAAUGAUCAAAUCGCACUUUGCUGAAUUUGUAACCUUGCUUGAAAAACAUUUGUACAGAAAGCCAAAAAUAGAUUUUCGUAAUAAAUGUGGUCAAAAUGUUUACAGCUACAAUCCUUGGUGUCUGUGAGGAGGAGAAAACGCCGCGGGCUCCAUGUUCAUCCAUUUCAGUUAUUGUUGUUGCAGCUUUGAGUUCAGUAUUACUUUACUUAGUUUCUCCGUGUUUUUGGUUAUUCUGUAUAAUAUACGGACAGCAUGUGAAUUUUUGUGCAAUAUUAUUAAUAUAUAUAACUUUAUUUUGAACUUUAAUAUUAGGGAGUGAGCUUUGUAAAACCAUGUACACCACAUUCACCUUUUUUGGUUCUGAAUUUUUAGAGUCUAGUUUGGGUGAAAACAGAAAUGACAGAAACACUGAAUGUGUGACAGCCACGAAGUUGUAAAUCUGCAUAAUACUCUGUAUAUUUGCAUUUUUUGGCUUUCUGACAUAUGGUGUUUAUAUAGUGAAUGUUUUUUUAGACGCUGAGAUUAAAUGCUGUGGUGCAAAGAUGUGAAGAAA